AUGGAACAACGAAAGGAAGAUAUAACUAGAAGGCCAUUAUAUGUCUACGACCUUCCACAGGACAUUCUGUCGACUUUAGCGCGCAAAGACGAUAUCAAUAACGAAACAAACCAAGAAGAUACCAAUUCACCUGCAGAUACUACCGAGCGAGUUGUACCAACUAAAACUGGAGAAGGAGUUGGGUCAAAGUCUUGUUCACUAUGCGGUGUAAGUUUUCAUACUGUGGAAGACCAAAAAAGCCAUGUGCGAUCGGAUUUCCACAACUAUAAUUUGAAGCAAAAGAUUCGAGGGGUAAAAGCUGUCACGGAAAACGAAUUCGAGAAGUUGGUAGGAGACCUCGACGAAAGUCUUUCAGGGUCCGAUUCAUCAGAUACGGAAGAAGAUGAAGAUGGAGAGCGCAAGGAAACAACGCUGAGCUCAUUACUCAAGAAACAAGCUGUUAUAUCGUCAAAUAGUAAUGAGUUUGAUGACAAUCCCGGGUUAAGAAAGAGGACAAGAGGAUCUGGAAAGGCCCCAAUGAUAUGGUUCACAACACCUACGAUGCCGAAGAAUACCUAUCUUGGAAUAUAUCGAGCUAUUUUCACAAAUGAAGAGCAAGGAGCGGAAACCUCUAUGCACGAAAUUGUCCAGAAAAAGCAGCUCACUCCGAAACCUCAAAUCAAAAUACCGGUCAAUAGCGAAGGUAUUCCAUUAGCGGAAUCAUACAAAGGUCCUCACAUCUUUAUGUGCAUGAUAGGAGGUGGUCAUUUCGCUGCCAUGAUCGUGUCCCUCACUCCUAAGCUAGUAAAAAACCCACAGGCGACGACGGGUCCCUUAACCAAAGAAGCCGUCGUACUCGCUCACAAAACUUUUCAUCGCUACACCACUCGUCGCAAGCAAGGAGGAUCUCAAUCUGCCAACGACUCCGCAAAAGGAGCUGCUCAUAGUGCCGGAUCUAGUCUCCGUCGUUAUAACGAACAAGCCCUUACAGAUGAAGUACGACAGCUCCUCACAUCAUGGAAAGGCAUGAUUGAUACAUCUGAAUUACUUUUCAUUCGUGCAACGGGUACUACUAAUCGACGUACCCUAUUCGGACCAUACGAGGACCAAGUAUUACGACAAAACGAUCUUCGAAUUCGUGGGUUUCCAUUCAGCACGAGGAGAGCAACACAAAAUGAGCUCAUGCGAUCUUUCGUGGAGCUCACCCGUGUAAAAGUCCUCGAAGUAGACGAAGAAGCACUAGCAGCCAAGCGUGCCGCUGCCAUCUCAGCUCAACAAUCGCUCGCCGCGAAAAAAGAAGCAGCCGCAAUAUUAAAACCUCAACACAACAAACUAUCAGAAGAAGAAGAAACCGCACUUUUACAUACAUCCCAACUUCAAUCAUUAAUUCGUCGCUCAAAACUUCCUGCUCUUUUAUCUUAUUUUCAAACAAAUUCUCUCUCGCCAAACUUCCUUUUCCAACCAGAGGAACAAAAUUACCAUGCUCCUACCCCUUUACAUUUAGCCGCGAGUUUAAACUCAAAACUACUAGUCGAGGGCUUAAUAUUGAAAGGAAACGCAGAUCCAACAAUUAAAAACGGAGAUGGUAAAACCCCUUUUGAAUUAUGCGGUGAUAGAAGUACCCGCGACGCCUUUCGCGUUUGUAGAUUCGAACUCCCAUCCCCCUCCACAUAUUCCUGGGACAACUCAAACAUCCCCCCUCCCAUGUCACGAGAAGAAGCCAAUAAACGCGACGCGCGUGAAAAAGAAGAAGAAGAGAAUAAAAAGAAACUAGAACAGAAAAAAAUAGACGAUGAGAGGUUAGCUAAAGAGGAAGCAGAGAGAGAAGCAGAGCGUAAAUUAAAAGGUGAUGGGAAAUUUAGUAGUAGAGGCGGAAAAGGGAAGCUGGUGGGUGGACUGUUAGGAGCGGGUGUUAAGGCUACAGGACAGGAAAAGAGAGAGGAGGAAAUGAGGAAUAUGACACCGGAAAUGAAGAUGAGGCUUGAGAGAGAGAGGAGGGCGAGGGCCGCGGAGGAAAGGAUGAAGAGGUUGGGUUAG